CUCUUCUGGAUGUUGUCGUGUAAAUUGACUCUGUUAGCGUCGAAGUUGUGGAUAGUGAGAGGUGGGUGAAGGUGUUGGCGCGAUGUGUUCUUGUCGUCGCCCGGCGAAGGGUUCGGUCGGAGCGUCAGCUGCUUCGACUUGCGCUGACUGAGCAAGGAUCCGCCCAAAACGAUAACAAUGAAGCUAGUAGGAGUGGAAGACUGAGGUUUGACUAGGAAUUGCAGGGAAUGAGAAGGAAGUUGCUGUCUGAGAUGAGCUUGACUUGUCAAACAGGAGUGUUGGUGAUUCGAAAGUCGUCCGUCGCUCCACCGCCCUCUCCGCAUUCUGUCUGCCAACCUCAUGCCCAAAUCCCACACGUCUUUUGGCGUCGUCUUUCCUUCUCUUCAAUCUCAUGUUCAGGUGAAACAGUAAUACCAUCAAGAUCAUUAUGCAUUGUAAGACCGAGCUCCCUUCUACAAUAUCCAUUUUCAACUUUGCGUGGUCACACCGAGCUAUUCUUCACUCCUCGGCCUUUUUCAAUGACUUCAUCAAUCACUCACUCACUUCCUUUCACUACUCAUCGACCGACACUACAGCCAUUCCCAAGCUCUGACAUCGUCCAAGAUGUGUCUGUCAAAAGGCAAGAUGGGAAGUCAGAUGUGUCAAUUGUCCAGGGAGAGCAGAAGGUCUUGUGUACGUACGAGACGAGCAGACAGAGCAAACAAUGCCUCUCCAUGCAUGUGUUGCUUUGUUUGACCAGCCUUCUGCAUCUGGACCGUGAGACUCAGUCUUGUAGCUGGCCAGAGGAGACAAACACUUGCUUUAGAUAGGUUCAAUUCGCCGUGGUCAAGGAGGUCAUGGAAAGGACAUCAUACCCAUGAAUGCAGAAAGUUGAAAAUUAUGCAUUACUUCAAUGACAGACUUGAGCGAAUGAGAUAAACUCGAAGUGAAGGAGACAAACAAGUGAAUCGCGUUAAAUGCGUCGACCAAUCGACACUCGCGUUUCGUCAGUAUCAAAACAAUUCUCGACUUUCACCAACCCUUCUUCUUACCCAGCGCACCGCAACCAGUCAAAAAUUCCUUUUUCCGACGACAACCAACAAAGCACCACCAACUGCUUUACCUGCCCUGCGCCUACCUUUCAGUGUCUCCAAAAGCAC